UCAAGCCAUUCUUGCAAUAGUUAAACGCUAGCAAAAUAUGCAAUAUGGAGGCAAAUGAAAAGAAAAACAGAAUUCGAACAUUUUUAAUCUCCAUCGUACGAGGAAAACCACAGAGCAAGAAAAAUAUUUUACUAAACGAAGACAAAGAAUUACAAAAACGAAUUUUUAUAAUUUUAGUAGCGUGCCAUAUUGGAGCAUUCGUGCAGUCAUGCGCUUACUUUAUACAGAACACCGCCUUCCCAUACUUGACAAAAGAGCUGCAUGUUAGUCCACAGGUAUAUGGCUACGUCAUCUCUCUUACCGCCAUCUUGCAACUGAUCGGUGGACCGUUGUGUGGUCGUCUUGGUGACAUAUAUGGUGGACGUUUAACAUUAAUCAUAUCAUUUCUUGCACUCGCUAUUUCAUACAGUUUACUUUCAAUAUCAACAAAUAUUCCCAUGUUGUUUAUAUCAAGAAUUUCAACAAUUGCCGCGCAUGCGUUGCAAAGUACGUACAUGAUCAUCUCUGACGUCACAUUUGAAGAGGAACGUGCGAAUAUGAUUGGUAAAAUAGGAGUAUCACAUGGCUUGGGCAUGAUUGUCGGAUCCGGAAUAGGUGGAUUUAUAACUGAUAAGUUUGGUAUUCGUCCGGCCAUUGUAGUAGCGAUAUUUGUUGUCCUCAUAUGCGCUGUUGUAGCGUUUAUUAUGAUUCCACGCGACACGAAAGCUAUCCGAACAAUCCUGGAUGAAACACGAAGUAAAACAACGUUAGACUGCAGUCUAAAAAGCAUGCACUCUGUAUCAGAGCAAAAACAGGGUACCUCAUCUUUCGGUUUGAAAGAAAUCAUAGCUGUUGCAAAGACAAAACACAUGAUUUAUUUACUUGCAAUUAAAACAAUUUCCGGAUUUCCGUUUAGUGUUCUUGGGGCAAUGUUUACGUUAAUUCUUAUGGAUUACUACAUGUUGGGACCAAAAGACAAUGGAAUUGUUUUGUCUUACCUUGGCGUGGUCGGUAUGAUUACGCAGGGCUAUUUAGUUGGAGUGUUAACUCACUAUGUGAAUGAUGCGGAUUUAAUUCUGAUUGCCAUCAUGCUUAUGGCAGCUGGCUCGUUAUUUUUAAUAAUUUCGCAAAGCAUUGUUUUAUUUUGCGUUGUGGCGAUACCAUUAACGAUUGGUGGUUCACUCUUACAUAUCAUUAUUACGUCCCUCAUCACUAAAAUUGUACCUAAAGACAAAACUGGUUCCGCUUUGGGACUGACUAUGUGUACUCAUGCCAUUAUACGUACCUUCUCACCCACCAUUGGUGGAUUUCUGUUUCAGCAUAUUGGUUUUUACUCAUUUGGACUGCUUGGUUAUGUUAUUAAUUUAAGUCUUGUGGUGUAUUUAAUAUUUUAUGGACGAAUUGAUUUUGAAGCAUAGGUGUAACAACAUUUUAUAAACUUUUUUUUAAUAAAAUAAUUGGUUUUGAU